AUGCCUCGUCCCAAGGUCCGUCCUGAAGAUCGACAGCGGUCUGCCAAAGCAUGUCUACCUUGCAAGGUCUCGAAGAAACGCUGUGACGCCCAACAACCAUGCUCCAACUGUGUCAGGCGAAGGACGCCGUCGUCUUGUCGCUAUGUAGAAUCGAGUCAUGCGAGGCAGCAACCCCAGACGCCCUAUAGUCAGCCACGAGUCUUCAGGACAUUGGUGGGUAGAUCCGACCGGGUUGCGACAAGACUCCCUGGCUAUGGCACUUCAACGGCCGGAGAGGCGUCGACACAAAACCCGGGUCCUGUCAACUCAGCUGCGCGCGAAGUGUCGGUGUCAACUGGUCAGAAGCUCACGGGUGGCCGAAUGCUGCUUAACUCGAAGGGGGAGAAAGUCUACAUCGGAGGAUUUGCCUCGCUGUCAUUUCUGCAGUUUCUUCGCCACACGAUCAGACAGCAAAUGGGACCCUCGCUGUUUACUGAAAACACCCGUCGCCAUGUAAUGCUGGAGGCUGCCAGUCCCCAAGACACAAGGCACAGCUUUGUCGAAGACGACGACCAGAAACGAGCCAUGAUUGAUGUCUACUUUGCUGCUACAAACGGAAUUAUAGAUCUAUUUUCUCGAGAAGAAGUCGAGGCAUAUUCAGCAACAGUGGACGCCCCAAAUGUUGAGAAAGGCGAGUAUAUGACGGCUGCACUCGAUCUUAUCGUUGCCAUUGGGGCACAAUGCCGAGCAGCAAAUCAAUCCGAUUGUCAGUACGCUGUAAAACUCUUUUCCCGGGCACAGAAAACAGCUCUCGCCGGCGGACUCGAGGACCCCUGUCUUGACAUGGUCCGUUGUUUCCUGCUCAUGACCUUCUACACGUUGGGAGCCUGUCGGAGAAACGCUGCAUUCAUGUACAUGGGGAUUGCUAGUCAGGCUGCUUCUGCUCUAGGUCUCCAUGUCACUGAACAAUAUCGUCACUUCAAUGCAUCAGACCAAAGCGUGCGACUUCGAACGCUGAAAUCCCUUCGAGUCCUGGAUGUGAUAUAUUGUUCGAUCCUUGGGAGACCCUACUCAACAGGAGCAAUUAGAACCGAUCAUAUCGCGUUGAAUAAUGCGGAUACUCAAGCAAUCAGUCCUCGCGAGCCCACAUUGAACGCAAGUUUCCAGGCGUGUACAAUCAUCGCGGAAAUCACACAGAACCUUGACUGUGACGGUUCUAUUGGUCUCAACGCUGCCGAAGAAUUUCUCAGACGUCUCCAAGAAUGGAGCGCUAGCCUCCCUGAUGACAUGCGGCAUUUCAAGAAACCGGUCGACCAGCCUUUGACGCUGCCGGAGCGGGAACAAAUGAUUGGGAAUAUCCACGUCUCAUGUGUUUAUUACUUUGCAGUGAUGCUCGUGGCCAGGCCGUUCUUGAUCUCACUUCUGAUGCACCAAUUAACCGGGAGCGCAGGCAAUGCUUCCGUCGUAACUGCGACAUCCGAAAUGCAGGCAGAUGUGGUUGAUGUGGCCCAAGCCUGCAUUGAUUCGGCGAUUCUCAUGGCUAAUAUGUGCUAUGAGGCUAUCCAGUCUGGCGUUCUGCUCAAACAGAUGUGUAUAAUGAAGGCUUGGGUCUUCGCCGCCGGCCUGGUGCUAGGCUUCUCCAUGUUCGCGCAGGCCGAAUCCCGCUUCGACAUGGACGACUCGUUCCACAAUGCUCGCGAGGUCCUCCGGAAUCUCUCCAUCCACAGCCCCCAGGCAGAGCACUACUACGAAAUCCUCAGCGGCUUCGCCGAUGUCAUACAACGACAUCGCCAGCAUCUCUCGCGCGAAAAGCGCCGCUACAAGAAUAAAUAUGUGGACCAGAUCUUGACUUUGGACGUCAGUCCGAGUGCCGGCGGGUCGCAGUCAACUUCCUCCCCGCGAACACCACUAUCCAACGACCGCGGCAUCGGGGUUCUAGAGAACCCUGCAACGAGCGGAAGUGUAACAGGGGGAGGUGGUGUUCCAGGGAAUGACUUUGAUCUGAAUGGGCCAUUCCAGAUGGCCGAUUACAGCCAGUGGCCGCUGGAAAACGGUGGCGGCUUCGACUUUGGCAUGUUCGGCUGGGACAACUUUGCCAUGCAAAUCUCCGAGAACUUUUCCUUUGACAAUGAGGCCGUUUGGGGUGUCACCUGA